UGUGAAUGAGAGAGUGGGAGAGAUUUAAUUAAUUACUCCAACUUAAGCAUUAACAAUGAAGAACAAAACGAUGGAAGAAGGCGCGGCGGAGGGAGCGGUGGUAGUGCGGAUAGGGAGGAUGGGGUCAGGGCGGGUGGUUCCGGAGAUUGAUUAUGACACGGCGGCGCAAUUGCAUCAAGGGGUCAGCGGAAUAUUCGGCGCACAGGGAGAUCCAGCUCUCGGGAUUGAGGACGAGACGCCGGCGGAACUGCAGGCGGUCGGAGGAAUCAUCGUCCGGGGAAACUCAGCUGUGGAGAGAAGCGAAUCCUACAAGGAGUUGGCUCCCAUAGAUUCCCUCCUCCCCAUUACUCAGUCCAGAAAUGGCAACUUCUUCACUGUCACUUUCCAUCUUCUCUCCUCCGGAAUCGGCCUCCAGGCCCUCCUCCUCCCCGCUGCCUUCACCUCCCUUGGUUGGGUUUGGGGAAUCGUAUGCUUGUCGCUUCUUUUCGCGUGGCAAUUGUACACCACAUGGCUGUUGGUGGGUCUUCACGAGGUAGCCACCACGGGUACGCGGUUCAGCAGGUACGUUCAUCUGGCGAUCGUGGCCUUUGGGGAGAAGACGGGGAAGCUGGCCGCCAUUUUCCCCACAAUGUAUCUGUCCGGAGGGGCGUGCGCGUUGCUCAUAAUCAACGGUGGUGGGGCGCUCGAGUCGUUCUACAAAACCGUGUGCGGUUCCGACGUAAGAUGUCACGACAAAGGACUCACGGGGGCGGAAUGGUUUUUGGUGUUCGUUUGCGUUGCCACAUUGGUCUCUUUAUUCUUCCCCAACUUGAACUCCUUGGCCCCGGUUUCGGUCCUGGGCUCGGUCACGGGGGUCGCGUAUUGUACCCUGCUUUGGGCACUGUCCCUUGGCAAGGGCAGGCCGGAAGGGGUGAUUCAUGACCCGCCGGAGGUUUCUGCCUCGAAGGUCGCCAGGUUUAGGGACAUAGCAAAUGCCCUUGCCAUCAUUUCUCUUGCCUUCCGAGGCCACAAUUUGGUCCUAGAGAUACAGGGGACACUGCCCGCAAACAGUGUUCCAGUACGACGUCGUAUGUGGAGAGGAGUUGUUGCAUCCUAUCUUGUCAUUGCGCUUUGUCAUUUUCCCUUGGCCAUUGCCGGAUAUUGGGCUUAUGGCAAUUUGAUGCCAAGGACGUAUAACAAAGGGGGGAUCCUUGUUGCAUUUGCACAGUUCCACCGAGACGACGUACCGAAAUCCGGGAUGGGAGCGAUAUACCUUAUCAUCAUCAUCGCCAGCCUUUGCAACUUCCAAAUCUACGCAAUGCCGACCUUGGACAAUUGGGAAAGGAUAUACUUGAGCAAGAAAAAGGCGAACUGCCCGCGAUGGUUGCGAACAGCCAUCAAAAUCUUGUUUGGUGGAUUGACUUAUUUCGUAUCGAUGGCCUUCCCUUUCUUAGGAAGUUUGGCAGGUUUCGUGGGCUCCAUUGCGUUGCCUCUUACUUUGGCUUAUCCAUGUUUCAUGUGGAUCGCCAUGAAAACACCACGACGGUUUAGCUUGUCGUGGUGCUUUAACAUGGCCCUUGGAUGUUUAGGGUUGGUGGUUUGUAUGGUAUUGGCUACGACAACCUUAUGGGAUUUGAUAGCCAAUGGCUUGCAUGCUAACUUCUUUAAACCUUGAUGUAAAAUUCUACCCUAAUAUUAUACAUGAGGAUGCUAAUCUUACACUAACUUGUAUAACUAUUUCUUACAACCCGUCAUAUCUUCCGCCCGGGUUGUACGUCUUCAUUCAAAAACGUCAGUAACAUUGAAAGUUAUUAAUACAUAGAUCAUCCUUGAAAUGCUUCAGAUACCGUUAAUUUUGAUUAAUUACAUGAAUAAUGAAACAAUGUUUGA